AUGGAAAAUGAAAAUGAAGAGUCUUAUAAAUGGUUUUUAAAAACAUUUUGUAAUAGGGUAUAUGAUAUCUAUAGUUGUCUUUCAAGUGUGUUCAUGUCAGAUAGAGAUAAAGCACUCUGUAAUGCUUCUGAAAAAUUUUUUCCAGAAACAGAUAAAAUGUUAUAUAUUUGGCAUUUGGUAGAGCAAAAUCUCAAAACAAAUUGUUGUAAGCUUUUUGAGAAUGAUGAUGAUUAUUUAGAGUUUAAAAAAGCAGUUGAGACAUUACAAUUGGCAUUUGAUGAAGAAUAUAUAAAAGUAGUGAUAAAGUCUAUUACUAAUGCUGCAAAAAAAGCAUAUAAUUCAAAAAAGCCUGUGACAUAUAUUAAAACUUUAAUGGAAGAUUCUAAAUUAUAG